CACAUUGCUUUGAGAAGAGGGGAUUCCUGAUCCUGAAUCUUCAACACACUGUUUCUUCUCGUAAUUUGGUAUUUCGUGUUUUUCUUUGGAAAAAGCAGAUUAGAUUGAAUCGAGGUUCGUUGUUGUGGAAGACCGAUCAUUCCCUCACUUUUCUUCUUCUAAAGCAUUUGUUAUAAAACCCUUCUCCCUUCUCCCUAAUUUUCAACUUCAACGUAACUCUCACACACCAUUUUCUUUCUUUUUCAUUACUUCCAUCUGAGUCGUCCAAUUAACUCUACUUGUUUACCAUUUGCAUUCUUUUGGCUUGGUUGUCUUGUUGAUAUCACACACUAUUCCAUGGAGACAGUUGAGUUGAAAGUAGAGAUGGUGGGAAUCCAUGAGAAAAGGCUGCGAAAAUGUCUAUCAAAGUUGAAAGGGGUGGAGAAAGUGGAGGUUGAUGCAAACAGCCAGAAGGUGGCGGUGAGCAGCUACAUUCACCGGAACAAGAUACUGAAAGCGAUUAGAAGAAGUGGUUUGAAAGCUGAUUUUUGGUCAGCUCAAAACGAGCUUCUUAAUGCAUAUGCCACCACUUAUGGCGCCUUCAGAUUCUCUCCCUACAACUCCUUCUUCUAG